AUGAACCUUAAUGAAAGUGAACAAAUUAGAGAACAAGAAGUUCAUGGGGACCUGGAGCAAUCUAUCCAUUCGCAUGUGAGGUUGUUGACUGCACCCUGGACUCCGGACCCCCGGUUCAGCAGAGAGGUCGGGGUGCACCACGUUGUGGAAGCUGUGGUAGCUGCCGCCGCGUUCAUUACAUUCGGCCAAAAUGAUACAGAGGGAAGAGGCAAUCCUUUUGCGAAGGUGGGAGUUGAAAGCUUCAUCACCGACCGUAGACCCUUAGCCAUAGCAACCUCCGAUAAAAGCCGGAUCGACCUGAAUGUGGACUACCUCCAGACAUUCCUCCAGCAACUUGACGGACGAGCCGGGAUCCCAUACUUCACGAGUGGCCCAUUUUGGGAAUGGACAGGGAAUGGCAGCGCCCCAAUAGGCCUCUUAACUGGGACUGCCGACUACAUUAGGCUAACCGGAAAUAUUUAA